UUUGCUCUCAUUUCAGAGGUAUGGAAGAAAUUCAUAGAAAAUUGCCAGAGUUGUUAUAAGCCAGGCGCGGAUCUCAGCAUUGAUGAGCAACUCUUUCCGACAAAAACUAGGUGCAAAUUUACCCAAUACAUGCCAAACAAACCCGACAAAUUUGGUAUAAAAUUUUGGCUGGCAUCUGAUGUAAAAACCAAAUACGUUGUCAACGGUAUGCCUUAUUUAGGACGUGAGGAAACCAGACCGACGUCAAUACCACUCAGCGAAUUUGUUGUAAUGAAAUUAGUUGAACCUUUCACCAACUGUAGAAGAAAUAUUACAACCGACAACUUUUUUACGACUGCAUCUCUGGCUACAAAAUUAUUGACGAAAAGGACAACGUUAGUGGGAACAAUGCGUGCGAACAGGAGGGAAUUGCCCGCACUUGCAAAAACAACAAAAGAUAAUUUGAAACUUCUUUCAACAAUGAUAUACAAAUCAAAUGACUGUACGCUAACGAUUUAUAAAUCAAAACCACGAAAAAAAGUAGUAAUAUUGAGUACCAAACAUAAAACUGUAAAAAUCAAGAACAAUAGAAAAAAGACACCCGAAACAAUCACGUACUAUAAUAAAACCAAAUUUGGCGUCGAUAUAGUUGAUCAAAUGGCGCGAAAGUACAGCGUAAAAUCGAAGUGCAAUAGAUGGCCUGUACAGGUGUUCUUCAAUAUCUUGGAUUUCGCUGGAAUCAAUUCGUGGAUACUUUACCAGGAAACAACAGGAUUGAAGCUAUCAAGGCAGA